AUGGCACGAAGAAACGCGGGCAACCAUUCGGACAAUGAGGAAAGCGACCCUGGCGCAAUCGGUAUACAAGCCCAACACCAACUUGUUCAGCUCAAGAAAGAACGAAAUGACCGCAUGUCUGAGAUCGUGCAAGAGACAGCCACCGAGAUGGCAGACUUGCGCUCUCGCGCUGUUGCAUUUCAACAAGACCGACGCACUGCAGAACUCGAAGUCGUUGCUUCUACUAUCACCAGGGUUAUCGAGGCUAUUGAGCGCAGGAGAGAAAUCGAACGGCAGAUGGAGACACUCGUCAAUCAAGUUGCCUUUUCAACCCAGGUAGUCGAGGGGAUGAUGAAGGCAGGCUUCAAAGGUAGAGAGGACAAUGCCAAGGAGACAAGAUACUAA